AAAAAUAAUAAUAAUAAAAUAGUUGUGCACCAUAGCUACAUUUCCGAGCAACCGGAAAAACGAUAAAACAGAAUAUAAUAUCAAUAAAAUAAUAUUAUAUUAUAGUGGAUAAUUAAAAUCGAAAAAAUAUUGUGAUUUCACAUAUACAAAAGUUCCAGUACAUGACCGGCUAGACUUUCGACAAACUAUCAUAGCACUGUCGGAGAGAAGUUUCGUGUCUUUGAUGCUGAAGAGUGAAGACACAAUUGUCGCGCCACCCGCUUUGAGUAAACCUCCAUCAUCUUUGGGCCAAAUUUCCAAGGACCCCCUGGAGUUUGCUAAAAUGAGAUCAGGUCCACGCACUGAUACAAGUUAUCAGCUAUCCUCGAGGAUUGAGAGCCUUGCUAAGCCGUUGGCUCGGUUGGCCAAACCGUUGAAUCGGCUGAGUGAAGUUGUCCGGGAAACUGACCAUCGGAUUCCGUGGUCCAGAAAUCACCCUAACGUAGCCACUGGAAAAAAUCAAGUAGUAAACCCGCCGCCGCCACCACCACGAACAAAAACUUCAACAGGUGUGGCAUGUGGUUCUUUGAAGUACAAGGCGUCGGACCACAUAAAAAAAUUGGCCAAGCACCGCCCAAUGCCGAAAGUUGUCGAAGAAAAGAAUUGCUUUUCGGUGAAGCCAUUGUCGCUUGUUUACAAGCCGUCGCUCCGUAUCCUAGAACUCUCCAAGCCCCGGAUCCGCGAUAAAAAGACGUGAUCGUCGCUUAUUACAAAUAAUUAAAAUGUAUACCUUGACAAAAUCUAAAUCAAAUUAUACCUAAAAAAUG